UGUGACCAGCACCCCUUGCUGGGCACACUGUUGGCUUGGCGAUGCCCCAGCCCUUUCUGGGGGUGACUGUUACUUCAGCUCCCAUGGCUGGUAGCCUGCAGAUUCCACAAGGCAUGGAGGUACACCCCUAGAGGCACUCAAGACCAUUUAAGAUGUUAGACAAAGGAAUAGUUUUCUUUAGCUACGCAUUUUCAUGGAUGCACAUUUUCAGAAAAGUAUACGAACAGCGCAUCAAAUCCAUGAUUUCUUGGCCACUAUUGGUAAGAUGAGUCAUCCAAGUGCCUACUUUUUAAAAGCUGCCUGCCCACAACCUUACCUUAUAGCAGCUCCCUGCCUGCCAGGAUGGGAGCCAUUGCCCAGAUGUUGGCUCUCCAUGAUUGGAGCAGAUUGCCAUGAAGAUGAUGCGGCCCUUCAUCGUGGGGGGAUGCGGAAUGUACAGCAUGAUUCGCUACCCCCUUCAAUCAGGGAUGAGGCUGGAAGAUCCCUUCUGGAAUGUGUAGGGAUCCCUAACUCUCCCAUCCUCACUCCCUCUCUCUCGACCAGAGGACACCUUGGGCUUUCAGUGCCCCACUCAGACACCCUCUCUCCCCCCUGCAGCUGACCAGAUAGAGGGCCUUCUGACCCCUCCACUUGCCUUCUGACAUGGAAAGCUCUGGCCCCUUCCCCUUGAGGCUACGUUUCCCCAUCCAUAAAUUGUCUAUGAUUCUGUUCCAAACCGAGCAGCUGACCAGCCCCUGCCAUGUGUCUCAAUUUCCCCCAGGGGACACAUUUUAAUAUCCCUUUCUUUACAGGAGCUAUUUUGCCAUCUUCCAGAUGAAUCAGUUGCGGCUCUGAGGAGUGGGAGAACUUGCCCCGGGUAGGACCACCUGUCACAGGCUAGCAGAAGGUCGGAGGUCAGGCCACCGAGGAGACCCAGCGGAAUGCACCUUCCAAAGGAGAGGGUAGAGUUCAGGAGGUAUGAACUCCUCUCAGAGUUGCCAGGUUUAGAGCUGUCCUCCACACAGCGGGGAAACUGAGGCACGCUGCAGCCCUCGCUGUCCAGUCACGCAGCACCAGGCCUACGAGGACCGGAGGCGGGCCCAUUCCAGGGACGGGUCCCCUGGGGGGCCGGCCCCUCCCCGUCCACCUCCCCCACCCUGGCCUGGGUGGCUGGGAGAGUUUAGAACAAAAGGCGACGGGGGGCGGGGCCGGGGCGGGCCGGGGGCGGGGCGGAGGGUAUAAGCCGCGGCCGCCCGGCGCGGGGCCCAGCAGGCCCAGCAGCCUCGGGGCGGAUGGCUCCGGCCGCCGGGCUCCUCGGCGCGGCCCCGCGCGCCCUCUUGCUCCCGCUGCAGCUGCUGCUGUUGCUGCUGCUGCUCCCGCCGCCGCCGCUGCUGGCCCGGGCCCGGCCCCUGGAUGCCCACCAUCACCCCACUGUGAGGAGGGGGCCGCAGCCUUGGCAUGCAGCUUUGUCCGGUGGCCUGGCGCCUGCCUCUGCCACCCAGGAGGUCCCCCACCACGCCAGCGGCCCUAGGCCUCCCCGCUGCGGUGUGCCUGACCCCCCUGAUGGGCUGAGUGCCCGAAACCGGCAGAAGCGGUAUGUGCUGUCCGGUGGGCGCUGGGAGAAGACGGACCUCACCUACAGGAUCCUCCGGUUCCCAUGGCAGCUGGUGCGGGAGCAGGUGCAGCAGACAGUGGCAGAAGCCCUGCAGGUAUGGAGCGAGGUGACACCACUCACCUUCACUGAGGUGCAGGAGGGCCGUGCCGACAUCAUGAUAGACUUCACCAGGUACUGGCAUGGGGACAACCUGCCAUUUGAUGGGCCUGGGGGCAUCCUGGCCCACGCCUUCUUCCCCAAGACCCACCGAGAAGGGGACGUCCACUUCGACUAUGAUGAGACCUGGACUAUUGGGGACAACCAGGGCACAGACCUGCUGCAGGUGGCAGCCCACGAAUUUGGCCAUGUGCUGGGGCUGCAGCACACAACAGCAGCCAAGGCCCUGAUGUCCCCUUUCUACACCUUCCGCUACCCACUGAGCCUCAGCCCAGAUGACCGCAGAGGCAUCCAAUAUCUAUAUGGCCAACCAAGGCCUAUCCCCACCUCCAGGGCCCCAGCACUGGCCCCCCGGGUUGGGGUGGAGGACACCAACGAGAUUGCACCACUGGAGCCGGGAGCCCAGCCAGAUGCCUGUGAGGCCUCCUUUGAUGCAGUCGCUACCAUCCGAGGCGAGCUCUUCUUUUUCAAGGCAGGCUUCGUGUGGCGGUUGCGUGGGGGCCGGCUGCAGCCCGGCUACCCUGCGCUGGCCUCUCGUCACUGGCAGGGACUGCCUGGCCCUGUGGACGCUGCCUUUGAGGACGCCCAGGGGCACAUUUGGUUCUUCCAAGGUGCUCAGUACUGGGUAUACGACGGCGAGAAGCCCGUCCUGGGCCCUGCGCCCCUCUCUGAGCUGGGUCUCGUGGGAUCCCCAGUCCAUGCCGCCUUGGUCUGGGGUUCUGAGAAGAACAAGAUCUACUUCUUCCGAGGCGGGGACUACUGGCGUUUCCAUCCCAGUACCCGGCGUGUGGACAGUCCAGUGCCCCGCCGGGCCACUGACUGGCGAGGGGUGCCCUCUGAGAUCGACGCUGCUUUCCAGGAUGCUGACGGAUAUGCCUACUUCCUACGCGGCCGCCUUUACUGGAAGUUUGACCCUGUGAAGGUGAAAGCUCUGGAAGGCUUCCCCCGUCUCGUGGGCCCCGACUUUUUCGGCUGUGCCGAGCCUGCCAACACUUUCCUCUGACCACAGCUUGGAUGUCCUCGGGGGUGCUGACUCGUGCCAGGCCACAGGUUUCAGGCUAUAGAGAUCCACAGCCAGCUUUAUAGCUAUGGGCACCAAGCACGGGACCAAGCCCGUGUCUCCUCAGCAGGGGUGGGAUGGGGUUGCAAACACCAUGACAACUGCAGGGAGGGCCAUGCGGGUCAUGGUCACCUGCCAGCAACUGUCUCAGACUGGGCAGGGAGCCUUUGACAUUACUUAAGAGUGAAGGCAGUCUGGAGCUGGCUCUGCACCACCUGUGCAGGCCCCAUUCAAAACUGACUGCUCUCCGUCUCUGUCCCUCUCAGGGUAGGACUUUGACAGGCCUGGGGGAACCAAAGUGUCUUCACUCACCUCCUGCUGUGAGGUUCCUGCCAGGAGUUGGUGCUGAGGCAGCGGUGCCAAGCUCCCAAGGCCCUCCACCCUGGUUGAGCAACUGGGCCAUGGGGCAGAGCCCUCUCCUGAGACAUCAGCUCUGGGUAGAUGCAUGCAUCUGGCUGUCUUCCAGCUCCUGAUGCUGGAGCUCUGUUCCCUAGGAUGCAGGCCAAAAGGUCCACAGGCAGCUGGGGAGGGGUAUUCCUGCAGGAGACCCCAGGCCCUGGAGGCCACAACAUACCUCAAUCCUGUCCUGGAUCCUCCUGAAACCCUCAUCCCAGCACUGCUGUCUUCCAAAGCCAUGUAAAUGUGUGUACAGUAUACAAAGCAAUUUUUUUUUAAACUGAGGCUGUCA